AGGACAGGUAAAUAGCAUCACCCGCAUUUUAUAAAGGAGGAAGCCAAGGCCCAGAGGCGUGUGCCCCCAAACACACAACUGGAACACUGACCCCAAGCCACUCUUCACCUGGACAGAAUGAGAGUGUCAGGUCUGCUUCACCUCCUGGCCCUCAUUUUUUGCCUGGUCAUCACAUGGGUCUUUGUCCGCAGCUAUAUCAACUUCAACAUGAAAACCAACCGCCUGCCCCGCUGGAUGGGUUCAUUCUACAAGGAGAACCCUUCACGCUUGGUGAAGACCAAGUGUGGCCUCAGCAAAUCCUGCCCAGACAACUUCUUUGCGUUUAAAAUCAGCAGCGGGGCCGCCAACGUCGUGGGCCCCUCCAUGUGCUUUGAAGGCCAAACGAUCAUGAGUCCUGUGAAAAACAACGUGGGCAGAGGCCUGAACAUCGCCCUGGUGAACGGAACCACGGGAAAGGUGAUGACACAGAAAUAUUUCGACAUGUACUCUGGAGAUGCUAGCCUCCUGGUGAAAUUCCUUAAAGAAAUUCCAGAGGGCAUGCUGGUGCUGGUGGCCUCCUACGAUGACCCGGGGACAAAGAUGAAUGAUGAAAUCAGGAAGCUCUUCUCCAACUUGGGCAGCACCUAUGCGAAGCAGCUGGGCUUCCGGGACAGCUGGGUCUUCUUAGGGACCAGAGACCUCAACAGUAAAAGCCCCUUUGAGGAGUUCUUAAAGAACAACCCAGACGUGAAUAAAUACGACGGCUGGCCGGAGCUGCUGGAGCUGGAGGGCUGUGUGCCCCAGAAGGUAUAUUAGGGCGACUGUGGCUCUUCCUGGGCCAGGGCCUGAGGCUGAUCCUGCCUGACUUAGGAGUCAGAGCCCAGGCUCACUGCGAGCUGGACCGGCAGGAGUGACGGCCAGCGGAGGAGGAGAAGGAAGAGGGAACGGAAGUGUGGAAAGUGCUGAGGGUCCACCAGUACCCUGCACGCUUCCCCUGUUGGAAACAAAGCACCCCUGGGUGGAGGCGUCCUACCUGGAGGUGGCCAGCCUCAGAGAGUCCUUCUGGAGCCGGCUGUCUGUGGAGAGGACAGGUGUGCUUUCCUUCAGGGACUGCUGACUGUCGCUCCCAAGGAAGGACAGGAUGGACGGCCUGCACCUGAGCACAAUUAAAUUUUAUU